UCUUUGUUUGUGAACACUUGUGCACAAAAUUUGGGAAACUAUAAAACUAAAAUUCUGUGUUCAUCUGCAAGGUUUGAAAACUUCAAAAAAAGAGAAUUUUCUAGUCACAUCUUAAGGUCACCAAGUAGGUCAUGCAUUGCUGCAUAUUUAACACGACGCGAUAACUUUGCAGGAUGGCUUCUAUACGUGAAUUGAGAAGAAUGGUGUGGUUUCUUUCACAAUUGAUUUACAAAUGUCGCGAUAAUGAGAUUGGUCACCUCAGAUGAAUAUAUCCUCGAUGAGCGGUGUCUUGUGUCAGUUUUCAAACUUAAGGGUAAAUAAAUACAGAGAACAGUCUUAUACGAGAGAGGUAAUUGAUAUGUUGUAAACGUAUCCUUCGUCAAAAUACUUUUUCUCAUACAAACACAUGCGUUAACGAUAGCACUGUACUUUCUAGCUAGUUUUCAGCUUAAAAAUAAUUUAUCAAAUGGAAAAUCUGAAAGUACCUUCCGGAAGUUUUCAAAUGCGUUUUUUAAAGUACACCGUCAAUGGCGAAAAGUUCGAAAGAUUGGUGUGGACAAUUUGUUCAGCAAGGAAUGCCCACGUGCUGGGAGUUAAAGAGUUAAAUACUGGGUAGAUAAUUUUAGACAUGUCAGAAAGUUUGGAAGUUUGCCGCUAUUGAUAAUAACAUAUUCACGUGACCCCGGGAGAGAGGAAGUAUGAUGACGUAUCAUGUAAGCAAUAAUGAUGAUUGAAUGACAAGCAGGGUUUAAAGGAAUCUCAUGUAGAUCAGCACGCUGUGUGCAUUGCACUCAAUAGAGUGCAGAAAACGCACUGGUUAACACUACGAUUGUCUUUUCACAAGAGACACAGAACGUUUUGCCCCUUCCAGUGACGAGGAACUUCAUAUUUUAUUUCCUCCUCUGCCUUAAUAAGCAAUGGCUCCUUGGACAUAUUUACUGCUACAAGCAGCGACGCUAGUUAUCAACGGAAACCGUUUCUCGUAUUCAAGUCCCCUGAACGCUAACAGGUUUUCAGAGAGUUCCUCAAUAUCUCAACCAGAAGACGAUGGUCUGGAUUUCACUGUAAUGGACUGGAUUAGCGCGGCUAACAAACCUUAUAACAUUGGACAUGAAGGAGAUAUAGCUCUAACCGAGAGGGACUGGAACGUGUAUGAGAAAACGCGCUUCAGGCGAAACGCUGUUCGACAGAGAAAGAAGAUCUGGCCCAACCGAGUCAUACCUUACGAAAUCGGGGAGGGACUAGACUCGUACAAGAAAAACAUCCUGGCGGCCAUAGAGGAGUUUCACAAACAUACUUGUCUUACUUUUAAAGAGAAGCAAAACGAGAGGAAUUGGAUUAAGUUUAGCAAAGAAAAUGGCUGUUGGUCUUUUAUUGGCCGGCUGUACUCGCGCAAAGGAGCUCAGGAUCUCUCGCUGGGUGAAAAAUGUAACAAUAAAGGCAUAAUUAUGCAUGAACUAAUGCAUGCAGUUGGAUUUUGGCACGAGCAGUCACGACCUGACCGAGAUCAGUAUGUAGAAAUCAUCUGGGAAAACAUUAAGAAGGGAAUGGAAGGCCAAUUCAACAAGUACAAACAUUCCAAAGUAGAUAGCAUGGACUUUGAUUACGACUACAGCAGCCUGAUGCAUUAUGGGAAGCGGACGUUUUCCAAAAAUGGCAAGCCUACGAUCCGUGCACUGAACAGCCCUUAUAUGUCCCUGGGACGAUCAGUGGGCUUCAGUGAUCUGGAUAUCAAGAAAAUGAACGCACUGUAUGACUGCAAAAAUGAGCACAAAGUUGGAUGGAGCGAAUGGUCAGCGUACACCCCUUGCAACAGCAGGUGUAUGAAGUACCGGCAGCGAGUUUGCUUCUCGUCCCGCUCGCACUGUCCUGGGGCCGACUCUCACGGAAUCCAAACCGACCGAAGAAAAUGCACGGAUGAAGAGUGUUACGCGCCCGUCAAUGGGAACUGGGGACGGUGGACUGAAUGGAAUGCCUGUGACAAACCAUGUGGUUACGGCAAACGAAAGAGGACGAGAUCAUGCAAUGACCCAGCGCCAAAAUAUGACGGAAAGAACUGUCUGGGAGCUGACACACAGUAUCGGAUGUGUAAUAUGGUGGCCUGUCCUGAUAACUUACUUGAUUGUAAUUUCGAUCAGGAUUACUGUAACUGGACAAACGCUUGGAGUAGCUCACCAUCUUUUAAAUGGUAUCGCCACAGGGGUCCUACCCCAAGUAGAAACACGGGACCAAGCGCUGAUCAUGGAAAAAACAAUGGAUAUUACCUUUACCUGGAGUCCUCAUAUCCUGCGAGGCCUGAGUACAAGUCGCAGUUAAUGAGCCACUCUUUUGACCCAACGGAGGAGCGGUGCCUAACUUGGUGGUACAAUAUGCACGGCAGGACCGUGGGCUCGCUUACCGUCUACCUCAUAAACAGCCGUUUGGGGACUAAGACGAAUUUGUGGUCAAAAUCAGGAGAACAGGGAAAGGACUGGAAACAAGGCUUUGCUUCAUUUCAUUCUGAAUCGCAAUAUAGGAUCGUGUUUGAGGGAUCACGGGGUCGAGGCUACACAGGGGAUAUAGCUUUGGAUGACGUACAAUUCAGGGAAGGCUCUUGUGAACACAAUGGCUUUGUAACGUUCUAGGCUUAAGACUCACUAGGAUUUCAAAAUUGUUGAGCGAGCAUUACGUCACACUAUUUUGGGCGAUUCUGUGUUAGACAACCUCAAAAGGAACCAAAGAUAAAAAAGAUUGAUAUUGGAGGAAAAUAUGAGAGAAACUGUGGCAAGCCACAGGCGAAUGUGGAUAGAACUGAAAGGUUGAAAGGUUGGAACAAAUUGUAAAAGUCGACAUACUGUCCUUAUUAUUUCACAGCAAGUUGGCUCUAAUGUGAGCCAUUAGCUGUAUGUGUAUCUCUAACAUUACUUUUUCACUCGCUCGGUUUUGAUGAGAAGCAGUGUAGGAACAAACUCGUUCCCAGGGUCUCUCAUCUUUCCGCCCUCUUCUCUGAGUCACCCUGGGAGGGCGGGAAGAUAAGAGACCCUGGGAACGAGGUUGAUGUGGGAAAUGUCAUUGAAUAGAACUGUUGUUAUUUCUUUGACGAAAAGAUGUCCUUACAAAGGACUUUAUUCAUUCACAUAUUGGAUUUUUCGCGUUUUUCUCUCAUUGUAUAUUACGUUUUGUACAUUGCACAUAAACAGUUCAACUUUUUACAUGACUCAGCCAUUUGAUGGAUUCCUAACUAAUAGAAUUUUUUGUAAAAAUAGUAAUUGGCAAAUAUUGGGAUUUAUUAAUAUAUAGACAUUUCUAUAAACCUGAAACAUUCUCCUGUUAAUGUUGAUUUUGUUAACAUUUAAAACCAGUCAUAGACGUUCGCUACUAUACUUUCAAGUAUUCGUUGGCGGAUAGCUUGCUGUGGUAAAUUUCAAAUUUUAUCACAUUGCGAAACCAAUUAUUUUGCCGUUUAGCGCCAUAUAACAAUUACAUACUCCUCCUUUUUACAUGUAGAAUAAAUCUUGGGCUUCAUUAAGAAAUUUCUUUGAGAAAGAUACUAUUCAAACAAUUCCAUAGCUAGAAGACGUUAUUAUAUAGUUAAUUAAAAAGGGAUCACGUGGUAUGAAAUAACAACCCCUACAACUGACUCAACAACAGAAAAUAGUUUUGUGAAAGGAUCACGAUUGCCGUUGUAGAUACUCGUCUAUACCUUUUUCAUCUUUUAUUUGCAAUUGCAAAACUACUGUUUAACCGAUUUAUUUUCUAAAAUGGAAGAUUUUUUAACUAAUGAAUAUUUAUAAACUUUAUUUAUCGCAGAAUUUAUGUAAACAAUUAUUUAUGUGCUUUAUUAAACGCUGUUUUUGAAAAAAGAAAACCCAUUGACUGUGAGCGUACACAUUGAGGAUUUAUGGAGUGUGUGGCUGACCGUUAUUAACUACUUCAUGUUACAGUGCCGGUUGCCGUAAAGAUCGAAAGUAAACAAGCUCAUUUCUAAUGUAAAGUCUGUAAAGUUUCCUAACUUGUUCCAUUUCCAUGACAACUUGGCUCCUCGUUUCGGAAGCUGUCGAGGGCUUGCUGAGGGCUUAUUACUGAGUUAGUGACUCACUUGAGUCAGAGAAGUUAUUACUGAUUUAGAUUCCUACAGUUAUCGCUUCCCUUGUUACAUUAAAAAGGAGUGAGCUAUCACUGCUAUGUCUCGAGAAAACUAUAACGUGACAGAUUAAAAGGCUACUACCCUGGCUUGCCCGGCAUGUUUAAAACAGCUUGUUUCACGCCUGAAAACUUUGAACACGUGAAAAAAAAAAAAAAAAAAUAGAGAGUUAUUGACCGAUAUACAGUGCAACCCCGCAUUACAGCCAUCCUGUUAAUACGCCCAGCUCGUUAUUACGGCCAUUUUAUUCUGGCCCAAACAAAAGCUCAGUCAUUCAUUUUCUUAUCUAAUGAACCCCUUUAAUACGUUCGCCCCGUUAAUUAAUACGGCCAGAUUUUUGUUGCCCAUGGGUGACCGGAUCAACAAGGUUUCACUGAACUCGCAAUGUAUAGAAAGGUUUAGACUGUUUAACAAGCCAAGUUGGCUUUACGAAGCAAGCGCGUACUCCAGGUUCCAUAGAAUGAAGUGUCCAGGAAUAUUAUUACCCUCCCCUACCUCACAUGGAUUGCUGUUCGACGUCGCCGUUAUUUGGAUCGUCACGCAAUCAAUUCGAAAAGGAUUACGUGACGACCCAACAUUGCGGGUACCACAGGUAACCCAGUUAUUUUUUUAGUACCAUUGUAUUCCUCGCGAAAUGGAGUCACUGUGAAUUCAGUGCCCUGCCCAAGAAUGCA